CCAUGUGAUAUAGUUGCACUGUUUAGAGUCUCUGCACUUGUAUGUUGGAUUAACAGCUUUAUACGAUGACUUCUACUUUAAAUGCUGUUCACAUGAAGUAAGGGCAUGGUAGUUGGCACAAUAAUCUUCAUAGAAAUAUAAGAACAGAACAAAGAGGCUAGCUUUACAUCACUGGCAGCAUUAAUGAAGGUUUUAAGUAACUCUGGUUUGUCUAAAACACUAACUGUAAGUAAUAUGGAAGCAGCCAGUGAGGCUGUGAAGAAAGUGCAACAAGAAUCAGUUGAGAUGGCACAUGAUCAGAACUAUAGAGUGGUAUUGUCAAAGAAUGAGGACUUGUCAAAUUCCCUGAUUGGUAAUGAACGCCCCUUUGCUACUGAAAUAAACCAACUCCACAUACCAGUGAAACAGCAAGCAAAAUAUGAUAUGUCAACUCUCAAGUCAGGAAGAAAGCCUUCAAAACCGUCAGAGAAACAUCAAUGUCAAAUUCAGUCCCAAAUUGAAUUUGAGGCUGGCUUGAAGCACAAUAAGAAAACCAAAAUUAAAAUCCCUUGGUCUUCCCGCAAAAACUCAACACAAAGUGAAUCCAUCUCUUCAUACAAUGAAGGUCUCUUCGAUCGGCAUCUUAAAGAUAUCUGCAAUCAUAAUGAGAUGAUUGCAAAGCCAAUCCUUAACAUCCUGACUAUUCUGUUCAAGAAAGGACCCUCAUUUGUUGGAAUAUUUCGGAAGUCUGCAAAUGCUAAAGCUUGCAAGGAAUUAAUUGAAAAACUAAAUGCGACAAGCAACAUCACCCUGGAGGAGGAGCCUGUCAUUCAGCUGGCUGUUGUUUUCAAGGAAUUCCUACGUCGUAUUCCAGAUAGUUUGUUGAUGACAGCACUGUAUGACAGCUGGAUGGCAGCCAUGGAAAAGGAGAAUAUUAAUGAAAGAACUCGGCAGCUCAAACAGCUUCUGACAGAGCUUCCAAGCCACAACUCUCUUUUGCUUCACUAUUUGUUUUGUGUGCUGUAUUAUAUCAACAAACAUUCAGAAGUGAACAAAAUGAAUGCUCAUAAUCUUGCAAUCUGCAUUGGCCCAAAUAUGCUCUGGCCAAACAAACCUGUCACUGCUGAAUUACAGAAAGAAGUCCUUGCAAGGGUUGUGGAUCUGAUGCAGUUUCUGAUUGAGAACUGUUGUCUAAUAUUUGGGGAUGAUAUAACCACACUUCUUGGUGAACCAGUGCCAGUGCUACCAGAAUGCAGUGAUAAAGCAG